CUCUCAACUUGCUAUUAAAUUAUUGUUAUAGUUUGCGUUUAACCCCCUCCCCUUUGUUCAGAUUCUUCCUCCACCUCUCUUUCUCUGACCCUUUUCGUCUCUUCUCUUCGAUCGAACCGAUCUAACCACACCGUAGCAGAACAACCCACCUCUUCGUAUCCUGAACCCAUGACGCUUGGCUCAGGUGGAUCGAGUGUCGUGGUGCCUAGAAAUUUCAGAUUGCUAGAGGAACUGGAGCGUGGAGAAAAAGGUAUCGGAGAUGGCACAGUGAGUUAUGGGAUGGAUGAUGGAGACGACAUUUAUAUGCGUUCAUGGACCGGCACCAUCAUCGGUCCUCUCAACUCUGUACAUGAAGGGCGUAUUUACCAAUUGAAGCUAUUUUGCGACAAAGACUAUCCGGAGAAACCACCAACUGUCAGAUUCCAUUCUCGGGUCAACAUGACUUGCGUCAACCACGAAACUGGAGUGGUGGAUCCAAAGAAGUUUGGGAUUCUGGCAAAUUGGCAGAGAGAAUACACGAUGGAAGACAUUCUGAUACAGCUGAAGAAAGAGAUGGCGGCGCCGCACAACCGCAAGCUUGUUCAGCCACCAGAAGGUUCAUUCUUCUGAUUGUUUGAAGGAAGUUAACUAAAACAUUAUUAUGUUAUAUGAUGAUAUUUGAUGCACAUUUUCAAGUGGUUUGUCAAUGAAAAUCCUCAUGGAAGUCAACAAAAUGUAGUGGAGAAUGUUUUCUUCUCUUUAAUGUUGUUUGAUUUGUUAUGGGAUGUUUGUUUGUUUGUGUCAAGUGUUUAAUAUAUGUAAUCCAUAUUGGCAACUCAAUUGUAAGAUUUGAUUGCUGCUGGUAAAGCAUGUUUCAUUUCUUUGCUG